CUAACUAUUAGCUAGUUUUUAAAUGUUCCAGUCCACCAUUGAACUGCUAAUUUAAUUUUGUCACUUCGAUAAAUUAAGUCCUACUGUAAACUACUGUAACAUGUAUAAUGUACGCAACAAUUAGCAAAAAGCCAGUCACAUAAUUACUUCCGGGUCAAGUGCACAACUUAGAUACAUAACAAACUGUGUCGCGCGGCGCUGCUGUCCUUGCCGACCCUGCUCAUAUGUCAACUGCUGUGCUCUUUGCCGCCGUCGUUGGCGGUGGGCUCCUGCUCCUUAUGCGCCGUUUGUUCCCCCGACAGAAGGCCGCUAAACUGCUCUGCUACCCAGCCGACACCAUGCGUGGAAAGACGGUCAUUGUGACCGGGGCUAACAGCGGGAUAGGAAAGGCCCUCGCUGGCGAGCUGCUGAAGCUCCGUGCCCGGGUCAUCAUGGCCUGCAGGGACCAGAAGAGUGCCGAGGAGGCUGCCGAGGACAUCAAGAGACAAGCGGGACCAGAGCAGGGAGAGGUAGUCAUCAAGCACCUAGACCUGGCCUCGCUCGGAUCUGUCCGAACGUUUUGUCAGGAAAUAAAUGAGGAGGAAUCAAAGAUUGAUGUGCUUGUCAACAACGCGGGUCUCUACCAGUGUCCCUACACAAAGACCGAGGAUGGCUUUGAGAUGCAGCUCGGAGUGAAUCACCUGGGUCACUUCCUCCUCACCCAUCUGCUGCUGGACCUCCUGAAGUCUUCAGCUCCCAGCCGCAUCGUGGUCGUUUCCUCGAAGCUUUACAAAUACGGCCACAUCAACUUCGACGACUUGAACAGUGAAAACAACUACGACAAAGCUUUCUGCUACAGUCAGAGCAAGUUGGCCAACCUGCUGUUCACUCUGGAGCUGGCUCGUCAGCUGGAGGGCACGGGGGUGACGGUCAAUGCUCUCACACCGGGCAUUGUGCGCACCAGACUCGGCAGGCAUGUUAAAAUCCCCUUCCUGGCUAAGCCGCUGUUCCACCUCGCCUCGUUUGCCUUUUUCAAAAGUCCAUUGGAGGGAGCUCAGACACCGCUCUAUCUCGCUUGCUCCCCGGAGGUAGAGGGAGUGUCGGGGAAGUGCUUUGCUAACUGUGAGGAGGAGGAGCUGAUGGCCAAAGCUACGGAUGACCAGGCAGCCAAGAAACUGUGGGACAUAAGCAGAAGGAUGGUUGGACUCGCCGACUGAGCCGAGGCCAGUUCAUGUGGAAGCUAUUGUGGGGACUUAAAUGUUCUUGGACUUGGUAGUUAAUCUCUCACAGUCCUACAGACUUUGUUCUGCAAGAGAUGAGUAAUGCGAAAACCAAUUUCCACCCUAGAGAUAAAAACAUUAAUGAAAUGACAGAUUGUGCCAUGAAGUGUGAUAAUUAAAUGCCUGAGCUACAUUGCAGUGAUAUGAGACUGUGUAUGAUUUGACUUUGAAAAUGUGCCUGUUAAAAUGAUGGUUCAGAACAUGAAACAUUUCCUUUUCACUGCUGUUACUCUGCUGGUUUCCCUCAUCCCUGGAUCCUAAUAGUGAAAGACUGCUUCCUCACUGAUAGAUAAUUUAUUUUUUAGAAAAUCAUUUCACAGGAAAAUGACAUCUGUAACGUGGUCAUUGACGUGCAUGUAAUAAGUACACUGAUUUAGGCCGAGUUGGCCAACCUGCUUUUCACUCAAAAAGCUACUAAAAAAACAACAUCAUUUGAAG